UAAUCUCGCGAUGGUUGUCCUUUCGCUGGCCAGACUGGGAUGUUGUAGGACUGCACUGGUCUAAUCAUGCUCAGAGCAAUUCAGAGGACAAACCUUAGGACGUCGUCAAGUCUCAUCCGGCGGUUCCAAAGCACCUUGGUGGUUGCAGAGCACAGCAAUGACACACUAACGCCUGUCACUCUCAGUGCCAUCACCGCAGCCAGCAAACUUGGUGAUGAGGUGUCCUGCUUAGUUGCUGGAACAAACUGCGCUAAGGUAGUGGAGCAACUUUCUCGAGUUCAGGGAGUCAAAAAGGUGCUGCUUGCUCAGCACGAUGCCUACAAAGGGUCAUUACCAGAGGAGUUGACGCCUCUCAUCUUGGCAACCCAGAAACAGUUUAAUUUCACACACAUCUGUGCUGGAGCAUCUGCAUUUGGAAAGAAUCUUCUUCCCAGAGUGGCUGCAAAGCUGGAUGUAGCUCCCAUCUCAGACAUCACUGAGAUCACAUCCCCAGAUACAUUUGUAAGGACUAUUUAUGCAGGGAAUGCGCUUAGCACUGUCAAGUGCAAUGAGAAGAUCAAGGUGUUCACGGUGAGAGGGACAUCGUUUGAGCCUGCUGCUAAGGAGGGUGGAAGUGCUACUUCAGAACAAGUCUCUGCGCCUUCACCGGUUGGGAUGUCUGAGUGGCUGGAGCAGAACCUGACCAAGACUGACCGCCCUGAGCUCACCAGCGCCAAGGUGGUUGUUUCUGGAGGCAGAGGCCUGAAGAGUGGUGAAAACUUCAAGCUGCUAUAUGACCUGGCUGACAAGUUAAAUGCUGCAGUCGGUGCCUCCAGAGCGGCUGUGGAUGCUGGCUAUGUCCCUAAUGACAUGCAGGUUGGGCAGACAGGAAAGAUUGUGGCUCCAGAACUGUACAUUGCAGUUGGCAUUUCUGGAGCCAUUCAACAUCUUGCUGGAAUGAAGGACAGUAAGACUAUAGUUGCCAUCAACAAGGAUCCCGAGGCUCCUAUCUUCCAGGUUGCAGAUUACGGCUUGGUGGCUGACCUGUUCAAGGCUGUCCCAGAGAUGAUCGAGGUUUUGAAAAAGUGAUAUUCAUGACUCGUCUUCUAAGCAGUAUGUCUGUGGGAACCUCGGCCACUCCUGGGAUCUCUAAUUCGCUUGCUGUACGAAGGUCUUGAGAAGUUAUGGAGAAGAGCUGGAAACGGCAUUGGUUCUUUCCAUUUUUAAUACAGCAUUCAGGAGUAUCUGCCUUUUUGCUUACUGUUUGAUAUCAUUAUAAUAGAGUAGAAUUAUUCAUUCUUAUGGCAACUGUGAUCUAAACAGCAUUGUUUUUGACAUUGAUUUAAAAGUCAGAUUGUACCAUGAGAAAAGUUGAAAUCAAGUUGCACAGUAUGUAGCGUGACAAUAAAUGUCAUCUGUCACUUGCUA